ACUUCCUCAAGUUGUAAACAAUAGAAUGUCCAUAGAAUCCAUAACUUUUCUCCAAGAUCUUGUCGAAUUUUCUACUUUUUAUUCAGUUAUAACAUUUUGAAUAUCUAGUGCUAUUGAUUUUACAACAAGUUAUGGCUACAAAUGCUGUAAAAUUGUACAUUUAUGAGUUGUCAAAUGGACUCGCUCGUCAAAUGUCGCCUCUUUUACUUGGGAAGCAGAUUGAUGGUAUUUGGCAUACUGGAGUGGUAUGUUUUGGCCAUGAGUUUUUCUUUGGUGGAGGUGGAAUAGAGUACUGCCGACCAGGAGGUACGAUUCUUGGCCAACCAGAUGAAGUCAUCAACCUUGGUGACACCCACAUCCCAGAAGAUGUGUUUAUGGAAUAUCUUAGAGGACUUGGAGCAGAUGCAUUUAGAGCUGACAAAUACCAUCUUUUUGAGCACAACUGUAACAAAUUUUCCAAUGAAGUAACUAUGUUUCUUACUGGAAGGAAAAUACCCAAACACAUCCAUGAUCUGCCCAACGAUAUACUGAACAGUGCUUUUGGUCAGAUGAUUAAGCCUAUCGUUGAUUCCAUGAGAGUCACUCCUGCAGGAGGAUCGACAGUCGACGAUUCAGGCCACGUUUCCUCCUCUUCUAGUUCACACCCAAGACCCAAUCCAUCCUCUAAAGCUAAGGAAUCCAGUAACCCAGAAUCCAUCUUUGAACCAAGGAGUGAUCAGCACCAGCCAUCAACCAAUCAUGAAAGUCUUCCUGUACCAGUCGUUCAUAAUGUUGAAGAUGUCACAAAAAUUUUAGAAGCUCUGCAAAGUGAUCUUGGUGAAGAUAGAACAGAACUUGAAUCUUGUUUGGACGAUAUCGAAAGUUUGUUAUUGAAGAAAAAGGAAGUUGUAAUCUCAGAGGAAUUCGUGAGCAGCAUUGAAAAACUGUUUUCCAAGAUGAAAGAAGUGAAAGACAAGCCUAGAUUUUUAUUAAAUUUUCUUGGAGUAAUGAAAGGACUCUGUUUAGAAAAAUCAUAUUUGGAACAUCCAAAAGCUCAAGACAUUUUGUACAAGUUGAUAAGUGAGCUGUCUGUCUGUCCAUCCAAGCAAAGUCAGAUCAUUCUAGUGCCUUCUCUACAAAUGUUAUGUAAUGCAGUGAGUAUAAAACCUGGGCAUGAUCUGUUGCUAAGCAACACGGCUUCACAGCCUCACAUGUUAUCAGUCUUAACAAACUGUCUUCUGGAAGGAGAAAACGAUGUUCAACUUGCUGCUAGUGAACUUACUUUUAAUGUUGCAAGACACAAGGUCUCUAGCGACAUUGCAUUUGAGUGUUCUACUGCUGUAAUGGAAUUACUGACUAGAGAACCGGACAAGACAAUAACCUAUUACUGCUUGUUUGCGCUUCAUCGAUUCAUGCAGUACAACUCUGAGAUUCCUGGUCUUGCAAAAGCCUUAGAAGUUGAUGUCACAAAGUACAAAGGUCAAUCAGAUGAGGUAGACAGUCUCUGUCAGCAGCUCACAGUUUUAAUGACCUAAUGCAAUCAACACAUAACAUACUGGCUUCAUGUCAAUGUACUGUAUGUAAGUUUUUAUUUAAUUGGGCUUCCUGUGGACUUACUCACGUACCUCUCUUUCAUGCUAAGGCUUGGUUACUUUCCAAUAUGACAGCUCUGCAUUGUAUUUUUAAUAUAAAUCGCUAUAUUGCUAGUCACUAACAUUAUGACUAUCCCCCCCCCCCCUGGUAAUUUAUUUGCAGUCAGUUGUAUUUAAGGAUAACAGUCAAAAGUGCACAAAAAUAGCUGCUAAAACUGCUUGAGAAUUCAAUUCUGUAUCAAAUACAUGCACGUGAUACAUAAUUUUAAGUUAAAAGGAGAAAUAAAGGAAUAUAAUUUAAUUAGCUGGAUAUUCUGCAUCCUGGAUUUGAAAAGUGCAGCUAUGUAAAAGUGAGGUGUGGUGGUGUUGUUUGAUGUGUGUCGAAGUGAGGUGUGACAAAGGUAUAACACGGUAUACUGUAUUGUGUAGGUGGCGUGGUGUGAGUUGAAGUGAGGUAUGGUACAACAUGGUGGUACUGUAUUGUGUAGGGUGGUGUGAGUUGAAGUGAGGUAUGGUGUAGCAUGGUGAUACUGUAUUGUGUAGGGUGGUGUGGUGUGUGUUGAGCUAAGGUGUGGUUUGUGUUGAACUAAGGUAUGGUUUAGUGUGGUGGUACUGUAUUGUGUAGGAUGGUGUGGUGUGUGUUGAACAGCUAAGGUGUGGUGUGUGUUGAAAUGAGGUAUGGUUUUUUAUGGUGGUACUGUAUUGUGUAGUGUAGUGUGUGUUGGAUUGAGGUAUGAUGUAGCAUGGUGAUACUGUAAGGUGUAGUGUGCUGUGCUGUGCUGUGAUAAGGUGACAUGUCAUUAUGCACCAACACAUACUCAGUGCCCACGGAGCAUAUUGAAAAGUUGGGGCUGGCAUUUGAAAAUUAAGCAUAUUAAGCAUUAAAUUUGGGGGGGAACGUUUGCAGGCAGCCCCCUCUCCCGGCUCUGCGGUCCCUGGUACUCCACAGACAACACAAAUCAAUAAACCUUUUGUCAUAACUUUAA